CGAGUUGAGCGUCGCACCGGUCUGCUGGGAAGUUGCCGGCCAGUCUUUUGGCUGGUCACGCAGGAAGCUGAGGCUCGCAUAUGUUAUAUUCCUUUAUCGUUCAGUUACAAGCCGUAAGUUCGCGUCAUCUUUGAUUUGCCAAAUAAGAGUGCGGCGAACCGAUCCAAAAUGAUCAGCUACUUUUGGCUUGCGUCCAUCACAAUUUUGUAUAUCCUGCUCGAUGUUAACUACUUUCUGAGGAUCGCCUUUACCAUCGGAUAUGGCAGGCUGUUCCAGAAGAAGAAGAAAAUUUUUGAAAAGACUACUAUCUACGAUGUUUGCUUAAGUAUGGAUGUGGACAUUUUCCUAAAGCAUAUGAACAAUGCUAGAUACUUACGUGAAUUAGAUUUUGCACGGUUCCAUUAUUAUGACCGAUCUGGCAUCUACGCUGAGAUUGCUAAGAAAGGUGGUGGUGCAGUUCAAGGUGCAUCGUCUACUCGAUAUCGUCGUGCUAUCCCUAUCUUCACUCCUUAUAAAGUAACCACUCAGCUCAUCUAUUGGGAUGACAGAAAUUUUUACCUUGAGCACGAGUUCAUUAGCCUUUCCGACAAUUUUGUAAGAGCUGUUGUACUAAGUAAACAAAGUGUCACUGGGCUCAAAGUGCCAGUACCUGAAAUUAUUGAGAUAGUCGAACCCGGUGCACGCAGGCCAGAACUCACUAAAGAAUUAAGACUCUGGUUGGAAUCUAUGGAAGAAUCAUCACAAAAGUACAAAAAAAUGGCUGGUGAAUUCAAGAGGAAAUAGAAUAAAACAAGAUCUGAUCAUUUUUAUUUCUUACCAAUUUGUAUUCACAAAAUGAAGACUUUUUGGAAGGGGUAUUUUAUUUAAAAUGUAAAAUAUAAGCCAUUGGGGUUUCUGUUAUAGGUUGUCUAUAUUUAACUUUGUGAUUAAACUACGAGUUUUUUUUUUAUUUUUUACGUUUACUUAAUAGUGUGUUUUUACUAUUAUUUGAAUUACUGUUGUUUGAUAAGUAGUUUUAUCGCUUCUUGAAUUAGUUGCGGUAAAGAUAAGUUUUCUAAUAUAAUACUUGA